GAGGAAGAGGAGGAGGUGCAGUCCCACAAUACCCGGCGGAGGGCGGGUGGGUGGUUAGAGUCUGGUCUGUGCGGCGCUCCGGUCCCCGGCGGACCCAGCUGCCUCUGUUUCUUGAACACGAAGAGGAAGCGAUGCGGAGGGGUGGAAAAUGGCAGAGCUGCAGAUGUUACUAGAGGAGGAGAUCCCGUCUGGCAAGAGGGCGCUGAUAGAGAGUUACCAGAACCUGACCCGGGUGGCGGACUACUGUGAAAACAACUACAUACAGGCUACAGACAAGAGAAAAGCUCUAGAAGAGACCAAAGCAUAUACAACCCAAUCUCUAGCUAGUGUUGCUUAUCAAAUAAAUGCAUUGGCCAACAAUGUACUCCAGUUGCUGGAUAUCCAGGCAUCUCAGCUUCGGAGGAUGGAGUCUUCCAUCAAUCAUAUCUCACAGACUGUGGAUAUUCAUAAAGAAAAAGUGGCUCGAAGAGAGAUUGGUAUUUUGACAACAAAUAAGAAUACAUCAAGAACUCACAAAAUAAUAGCACCUGCAAAUAUGGAGCGCCCUGUCAGGUAUAUUCGGAAACCUAUCGACUACACAGUUCUGGAUGAUGUGGGCCAUGGAGUUAAGUGGCUAAAAGCCAAGCACGGAAAUAACCAGCCUGCAAGAACUGGCACAUUGUCGAGAACAAAUCCUCCCACGCAGAAACCACCAAGCCCUCCUGUGUCAGGCCGAGGGACUUUGGGGCGGAAUACGCCUUAUAAAACAUUAGAGCCUGUCAAGCCGCCAACAGUUCCUAAUGACUACAUGACUAGUCCUGCGAGGCUUGGAAGCCAACAUAGUCCAGGAAGGACAGCUUCUUUAAAUCAGAGACCCAGGACACAUAGUGGAAGCAGUGGAGGAAGUGGAAGUCGAGAAAACAGUGGGAGCAGCAGUAUUGGCAUUCCCAUUGCUGUGCCUACGCCUUCACCUCCCACUGCUGGCCCAGCAGCCCCUGGCUCAGCUCCUGGGUCGCAGUAUGGCACAAUGACCAGGCAGAUUUCUCGGCACAACUCUACCACUUCUUCGACAUCUUCUGGUGGAUAUAGACGAACUCCCUCUGUGACUGCCCAAUUCUCUGCUCAGCCUCAUGUUAAUGGAGGGCCACUUUAUUCUCAAAAUUCAAUUUCUGUUGCCCCACCCCCUCCCCCCAUGCCUCAGUUGACUCCACAGAUACCUCUCACAGGCUUCGUGGCCAGGGUGCAGGAAAACAUUGCUGAUAGCCCAACUCCACCACCCCCACCUCCGCCGGAUGACAUUCCCAUGUUUGAUGACUCUCCACCUCCUCCACCGCCUCCUCCGGUGGACUAUGAAGACGAGGAAGCUGCGGUAGUUCAGUACAGUGACCCCUAUGCAGACGGGGAUCCUGCAUGGGCUCCCAAGAACUAUAUUGAGAAAGUUGUUGCAAUAUAUGAUUAUACAAAAGACAAGGAUGACGAGCUGUCCUUUAAAGAGGGUGCAAUCAUCUAUGUCAUAAAGAAGAAUGAUGAUGGUUGGUUUGAAGGAGUUUGCAACCGAGUGACUGGACUCUUUCCUGGGAACUAUGUUGAAUCGAUCAUGCACUAUACUGAUUAGGUUUUUCUUUUUUUCCCUUUUUUCUUCUCAUGUAGGUUAUUACUCCGUCAUACUGUGGGACUAUAUGGUUAACAGGUUGUCUUAAUGUUUAAAAUGUGCCCAUAUUUUCAGGACAAUGUUUUAUUGGUAUUUGGAUGUCUACCUGUAAGCAUACAUUUUAGAGGCAGUUCACAUAUUGCUGAACAGCAGUUUAUACCAGAGACUGCCUGUAAUUGAUUAUGCAUAUGUGCUCACACCUUGAUAACUUUAUGACCAGCCUAAACAUUCUGGGGAUGUGGGUUAUCAUGUUUAACAAAUCAUGGUUCAGAAUGCACCAUUUCAUGUUUCAGUACAGCAUGGUCACUAACAUUAUGUCAGACUAAUAGGAAAAUCAGAAAACUUAAAUGCUGGUGCUGGUCAUACUUUUGAUUUAAAGUCUCAUUUUUUAAGAAUACUGUGUUUAAAGCAUGCAUAAAAUUUUAUGUAUUGAAAGAUACUUAACAAUUCAAGAUGCUUCCAAUUUGUGUAACAUUUAUCUGGAGUACUCAUAUUUGAGUCUCUUAGUUCUUCAUGUGAAAUGAAAGAUUAUCUGUAAUGUUGUAAUUUGUAUCUAAGUUUUUUAAUGAGUGAAAUUUGCAUUAUAAAUUUUUCCACUCAUAAAUACAUAAGUAAACCAAAGGAUUUUGUCCUCUC